AUUGGUACCACCAUGGUGUGGUUUCCAGCAUCGACUUGUCUCAAGCCGUCCUAUCCACUUCGAAGACAAUUGCUGCUGUCGUUCGGAUCGAGUGCCUUGGUGACAAUCACUUUUGUCGUGGUGCUGGCCAUUGUUUCCGCAUACUCGUUCGGAAAAACCAUCGUGAAAAGGGCCGACACCGUCCUACGCGACCAAGUCAUCCGCGAUUUACAAUGGUCCACACGGUAUUUUGCGGACCACAUUUCGUCCUACAAAGCCAAUGUCGAAGGGACGCUCCAGAUUAUGAUCGAAAUCACGCAGGAUCGAAUAGCACGGUACGGAGAGGAGGGAUGGGAAGAUGACCGAUACGUCCCCUUUUUCGAUAUGGAUUCACAGCGCAACGUGUAUCCUCUCAAGUCAGCUCCACUCCCGUUCGAUUGGGAAAUAAAAUCGAAUGUUAACGAUGACGAUGCUUUCGAGCAUUACCAGGAACGGUCCCCGUGGACCGCAAACUCCGGUUUGCAGCUCUCGACGGCCACCGCUUCCUUUCACAUGCAGGGUACCUGCGAUCCCAACGCAGGUACAGAUGAAGCAACCUACGCCCCAAACUGCAGUGCCGCACACAAUCAGAUCGAAAAUGGUGGUGUUGUGGCACCCAACAAUAUUACAAAGUUCUUGUACGAAAAAUCGGCGGACAUUGGCGUCUUACUCAAGCCGCUCUUUGAAAGUCAAGUGGAGCUUUUCGGGACGAGUAUCUUUUUCCACAACGGCGGCGCCGGGGCGAGUCUGUACUUUCCAGGAGUGGUCCUCGCCAAUCCACCAUCUUAUAUUUCGACUGGCUGUGACUGGAUGCGGGCUAUCAAUCCGUACACGAACGAGACGUAUGGCACCGAGUUGGAAAUUUCUCAGUGUCACAAGGCCGGUGAAAACGUAUCAAUCCGUGAGUACAAUCCAAUGGAGCGACCAUUUUGUCGAGACAUUGCUCUGGAUCCAAGCCGGGUACAUUGGAUCGGCCCCUUCGGGGGGACCAUGGUCCCAUUAGUCACUGUCGGAAAAGCAGUGUUGGAUCGGAUAAACAAAAGGUUUAUUGGGUGCGCAACAGCGAAUGUUGCUCUUCCUGGACUUGUGGAAAAUAUGAAGCGAAAUCUUUUGCACAAUGAAUCGUCGGCGUUUGUGGUCCGGAUUUCUGACGGGUCGGUUUUGAUUGAUACUAUAGGCUCGCCGGUGCAAAAUUCAAUUCAUGUGACAGAAACAGGGGUUGUGAACUCGGAAACAUACAAUCAAUUGAAGAAAACGCUGAAAGUAUUUGACACCCCAUGGACCGGCGAAUCAGUGCACCGUGCUUUCGCAGAUGUAGUCGUACCCUAUACCGCGGGUGUUGUGACAGCGAGUGUUAUCCCGGCGCCACCGGAAAAGUUCGAGGAGAAUUACUCACCUGAGUUUCUGUUAAUCCAUGCUAUUGACAAUCAAAUAUUUUCCGUGAUCGAAGAGUUAGAAAAAUCAAUUCAUGACGAUGAGACGCACAUAACUAUGGUUGCCAUCGGAACUGGAGUUGCUGGUAUGCUUAUCGUGGUAGCUAUUCUGAUCUGUGUAUCUCGAGUCCUUACUCAGCCUCUCAACUGGAUGGAUGCUAUGGCCUGGCGCAUUGUAAAUCACGCCGACAGCCGAGCCACAAUUAAGUUGAAUGCGUUACGAGAUACAGAAGAAGACAUAGCAACUGUGUAUUGCACGCCUCGAACAGAAAUCAGCGAUCUAGUCAGCGAAGUUGCUAAAAUGAUUCAAGGCUUCAGCGGACACGGCGCUUCAAUAGCAGUCGAAGCCAUACCGCGAGAAAUAAAGAACCAAUUGACGUGGCAAAGCGACUUUCGACAGCUAUAUUCCCAGGAGUACGUAGAUUGGCAGCCUGUGGAAGAGGUCGAAGCCCCGCUUGCAGCGGGAAAACCCUGUACACAAAUAGGAAAGGCAUCGAAAGAUGCGGAUGCCGAUGCCAAGGAUAACGUGGACUACGACAUUGCCUCCAAAGGUGCCGGUAGAUAUCCAUUGGACGCGAAUGAACAGUUUUCGAUUGUGCCACCUCCGCCAAAAAGGUACCGGGGAACACUUUGCGUAAAAGUUGAUCCAGAUUGUUGCUCGAAGCAGCUGUCUAGUUCAGUCACAGUGCUGAAAUCAUCUCUCUUUUGGUGGAUAUCGUCUUUGAUCGUGAUACCGCUGUUGUUGACGAAUACUGCAAUAUGCGCUGUUGCAACUUUUAGAAUGCAGCAAAUAAUUCCCCUAUGGGUCAAUACAGUCGAACAAGCUACCGUUGAAAUAGAAAUUGAGGCGUUACAGUCAAUCACACGGGCCAAAGCAGCACUUGUCAGCUCGCUUUUGUUUCGACCCCUUCGAGACCUUCACUUGCUAACACGUACAGCAAGCUGGGUCAUUUUCGAUGGCAUAAAGAGAUCCAAUGGAUUUACGGAAGUCGACGAGUCAACGGAAGAAUGCAAAAGCUAUGCAAUUGGAAGUUGUCCGGUACACGAUACACAACGAGCAAGCUGUCCGUGCGAUUGGAACGACAUCAAUGCAAUGACCGAAGAAACGUGCAACAGAAACAACGACACAGAGCCCAGAUACCUGCAAAGAAGAUUCUUCCUAGUUCAAGCCCACGAUGCAGAUCCUUCCACCGGUAUGCGAAAAGCCGCAUUAAGCUUUCCUGAAGUCGACUUCUCUGCAGAAUCUACUCUGUGGUUUGACGAUUUGUCAGUCGUCCCGGGGGCUAGCAAAGGUGCCAACGCGUCAGGCUUAGAGACAACGUACGAUCGUGUUCGAGUCAGCUCGGCAGUAGCGGUGGUGGAAUUUCCUUUAUACAACUACGCCACGUCUCUGGGACAACCUAAAAUUGAUCUAGGCACCUUUUUAUCGUUUGAGGCUGAUGGUAUGAUGACCGGCUUCGCAGGCUGCGGUUUCGAACAAGCUUUUAUGGCCCACUUCAGAUCAAAUACAGAAAACCGUGCUGCUAGCAUUGCUCCGGAGCUUUGCCCUCUUGGCAAAUUCGGAUAUGACCCACGCUGUAGGCCAUGGUAUGCCGAUGCACGGCGCAACUUUUUCGGAUCCGGCGACUCGGCUCUGAUAACUGCUCCUUAUCGAUUCGCCAACGAUCUUGAUGUUGCGCUUACUGCGGCAUCCCCUCUUGUCAAUUUAGCAACAGGAUUGUUUCUCGGGGUGGUGUCUCUUGACUUUUACCCAACUGGCGUUCGACAGGCCCUACAAUCGUUAGAAGUCCCCAUUUCGUUCAUCAUUACUCCGGAAUACGACGCCUUCGGUGGAAAUACCGUUGUAGGCUUGAACAAGACAGAAAUCUGGAGUUCUACUACUAUUUCAGACCUUCUCUUUGCUCACGACGCAACAGGCUCCCCAAAUCGAGAUGCUUUUGAAAAGGGGAUACUCCCUCAGAUACAGAAUGGCUACUCUAGAGUGACACGCGUUAGAAGAACUAACCAGAGCGGGAAUGAAGAGAUUUUCAUUCUGUCUAUCGAACCUGUCCAUCAAAGGGUGAUUCAAGCUGUUGAUCCUUCAAAUUUUACCAGAGGAGUGAGCGCCUCCGAGGUGCUUGUUUACUCGAUUGGUAUUGCCAAGCUCGAAGGCGAGAUGCGGGAACCAUUUGAAAUGAUAGAGGAUGAUGUAACUAGCGACCUAGAAACUCUAGCGCGCGUUUAUAUUGUGCUUGUUGUCAUCGCAUCCGCCUUUUUCAUGAUAUUUGCCUGCUUGGUUACUGUCAAUGUAACCACACCGAUGUUGCAGCUUCUCAGUAUUGUAAGCAACAUAAACACCGAGCAUGUACGAGACGAUAUGCCUCCUCUUCAUGGAGGAUCCAGAGAAAGUCGCCAAGUGUAUGCAUCUUUUGCCAAACUUUACAAGAUAGUGCGGAUAUCGAACACUGCCUUCUUUUCUGGAAAUGUCGAGUGGGCCCUACAUUUCCUGAACGAUGCUCUGCAGUUAUUUAGAAAAGUUAAUGAUCAAAAGGCAGUCGGCAUGGCCUGCAACAACCUAGGAAGUACCUACGCAGCCUUGAGCCAGCAAGAGCCUCACACAGGUCAAAAGAUACUCGACAUGAAGACCUGCGCACUGGAGAGGGCUCUCACUUUUCUCCGGGAAGCCAUUGCGAUAAGUCAGCGAGCGUUUGACACGGCGUCAAACGAAGAGCUGAAAGCUGAGUUUGCACAGGAGCUUGCAGAUAGAUUUUUCAAUCGUGGAAUUCUUCUACUCGUUUCUAGUCAAAAAGCAGAACUGCCAAGUAUCUUGGUAGACCAAGGAUAUGAUGAUAUUAGAAGAGCUCGCGAUCUUGACCAUGAUACCCAGGACUUCUGGCUUGCAAGAAAGCUAUUGCUGAGAAAUUCUGAGACAACGUUCUGCCGACAUAUUCGGCGAAUUAAUGGACUGAUAUCGUUCGAUGAUGAUGUUUGCCUUCGUGACAUUUGGGACGUGCGAGAUUUGAUCGAAGAAGCAGACAAACUUUUAUUUGCUGCAUGGAAUGAAAGGCAAGCGCCUUUGUUUCAAGUUGUAAACCGAAUAGGACGGCGACAGCAAUUGGAAGCGUCGGUCAUUCAACUGGAAAUGGUCCGCCAAAAUUUUGAGGAAGCGGCAAGAAUAUCAAUGCGUAUGUUUGCCGAAGACGACUAUAUUCUGGAAGAUAGCUUCCGUAUCGCAGCCUCUGCUCUGCUACGCUUUAUAUCGGACAAAGCAAAUCAUUCAUAUUCAACUGAAGCGAUGUUGUCCACCAAAAUGGACGUUCGUCUAAUGCUUCGAGCGUGCAAAAACAGUUCAGCUAUAGACCACGGCAAGUCGGUAGUUUUUGCAUUCGAGUUCAACGAGCGAUGGCAAGAAACGACAUUGUUGCAAAAACUAAACAGGAACUGUUUGCGAUUUUAUAACACAUGCUGCAGAGAUUCGGAUCGGAUUGGAAUAGUGGCCGAACCACCUUCACAGUCAGGCCGUUUCUCACUAAGAUUAGGAAGGAAAGAAGAAGAACGAGACUCUCAUCACUACAUGCUGGAUCUUGCAACCCAAUCCAUUGGAAUGACACGGAAUCCUGCACUUCCCAUGGCACUUCAAAUGCUUGUCGAUUCAUCCUGUUCACAAACAGCUGAAUAUGAAUCUUAUGUUUUGCUAUUCACAGACGGAUUCUCUUGGGGUCAAGGCGCCUAUGAUGCGGUUAGAGUGCAAGUCGAACGAAUGAACCGUGAACGGAACAACCUUGUCCAUUUGGUCAUUUUAGGGUUCAACUUACCCAGCGCAGAUUGCGCUGUCGAAUGCGGCAAGCUCUGCGAGGUGUCGAAGCAAAGUGUGUUCUUCGAAGUUGACGCUGACAACAUCGACGCAGUAUUUCAGAGCAUUAGUUCGUCAUUUUGCUGGAAUCCUUCGGACACCGUGGAUUUGCAACGCAUUCUCACAAUGGAAAAGCUUCGAUAGCGACACCAUUUUUCAUUUUUGUUUCAUGUAGAAAUAUUUUAAGAUACCGUUGAA